AUGAAGAGAGUGGAUGCACUUGGAUGGAAUGAAAGUCAUUUGAGAAGCUAUACCUCCCCCCUUCCCCCUCCUCAAACCACAUCUUUCCUCCUCUUCACUGAACGCUUCUCUCCCCCUCACUCCCCACCUCUCUCUUUUUGCCCACAUCUCCUCCCCCGCAUCCCAAACCCCACUGCUCCCACCCUGCGCAGCCUACUACCCUGGCACCACAACAAGCGGUACGAGGCGGUGGUGCUGGUGUGCGAGCUGGAAGAAUCCACCGCGCAGGACUUUGGCGGAAUCCUGGUGGUGACAGUGGACAAAGAAGACAUUGUCUCCUACAUAGAGGACCAGGGCCAGUACCCCUCUGCCAACCCCACCCCGCCCUACCCCCACCGCCUCACCUACUGCUCGCCGCCGCUCGCCACGAAGCUCAUCCCGAUGCGCGUGUACGAGGGAUCGAGUCCAUCUGACGUGGGGGUGGACCGGGUUGUGCUGUACGACGCAGGGGCGCUGGAUCCGGAGAUAAUGGGGCUGAUAGAGGGGUUUGUGGAGGGCGGGUACGUGCAGAUCGUGGACAUGCGGCGCGUGGAGCAGUUUGAUAUAUGGGAGUCCGGGCGGCUGCUGGCGAUGAAUGAUUGUGUGCACCAGCACGCGUUCACCUCCCAGUGGGUGUUCUUUGCCGAGAUGAGCGAGUACUUCUCGUCACGGUCUGGGGAGGAUAUGGUGGCGGUGCUGAGCCGGUAUGGGGGGCGGCCGUACGUGUCGUUCGGGAGCCGAUGGUGGUCCCUUGAGAAGUGCGUUCAGGUGGACGGCGCUGGGGGAGGGGUACGGACGGGUGCGGGUGGGAGGAGCUUGCUUGCAGCAGCAGCAGCAGCAGCCCAGCCGCCCCCAGCAGUCUCACCAGUGUGGGCAGUGGAGCGCAUGCGCUUCCACUGGCCGCAGCUCUUCUGCACGAACAAGGACGAGUACCCGCGUGCCGAGAUGUGCCUGGGUGAAUUCGGCUACCGCCGCGUGGCCGUGGACCCACGGCAGGUCAUGACCGUCCUCGUGCACCGCACCAGCGUGCCCGAGAUGGGCGGCGACGACUUGGACGCUAGUGAGGCGCGGUUCAACCGGUACCCGCUGCUGACGGAGGAGACGAGGAAGGCGUGCCAAAGGGAGGUGCGGCCGGGGGAGGUGGUGGAGUGGUGGGUGCGGGACGCUGAGGUGGCGGAGAUUGCAGAGAAGGCGAGGAAGAGCCCUAAGGGACGGCCGCGGGUUGCGUCUGAGUUGUCUUCGUCUCGGAGAUGA